CGACACCAGUUGAAUGUUUACAAACAAAAAUAACACGCUAGUCAUCAUACUUUGCAAAUAAAUAGUAAAACUAGGUAUACAAAAAUUAUUCAAAAAGGAAAAAUAGAUAAAUUAGAACAAAAUAUAACUAAAUUUAUUCGAAACAUUCGUAGAUGUCUUCUGUUAUGUAAGUUUUGAUUGUUGGAUAAUUGCAAAGAAAGAGGUUAAACAUUAAAUUAUGGGUCUAAUUCAGAAUAUUAAGAUUUUGAAAAAGUUUUCAAAGGCAUUUUCAAGUGUACAUUUGUACUCAAGUAAUGCUGCUCCUAGUGGUGUACCAUAUAAAUCCCUGAAAAGCAAGGAUGUAACUACGCCUGUAUCUCUUCCUAACUCUGCAGAUGUAGUUAUUAUAGGUGGUGGCAUUAUUGGUUGCAGUACUCUUUAUCAUUUAACGAAAUUGGGAUGUUCAAAUGCGAUAUUACUUGAAAAAGAUCAGCUCACUGCAGGAACUACAUGGCACACAGCUGGUUUGAUUUGGAGAUUAAGACCUAGUGACACAGACAUACAAAUUUUAAAUUAUACUCGCCACCUUCUGAAUGAUGUCCUUGAAAAAGAAACGGGAGUUCAUCCUGGAUGGGUUAACAAUGGAGGUCUUUUCAUUGCCAAUUCUAAAGAGAGAUUGAAUGAAUACAAGAGGCUUAUGACUAUUGGUAAAGCAUUUGGCAUAGAGUCUCAUUUGCUUACUCCAGCUGAGACAAAGAAACUCUAUCCUCUGAUGAAUACAGAAGAUUUGUAUGGAACUUUGUACAGUCCUGGUGAUGGAACCGUUGAUCCAGCCGGUUUUUGUGUUUCACUUGUUAGGGGAGCUGCCAAAGCUGGAGCUAAAGUUUUUGAAAAAUGCCCAGUGACUGAUAUUCAUGUAUCUGAGGAUGAUUAUGGUACAAAAAGAGUUACUGCUGUGAGCACUCCAACUGGUACUGUGAAAACAAAUUGUGUUGUAAACUGCACCGGUGUCUGGGCACCAUAUCUUGGUAAAAUGGCUGGUGUUAAAGUUCCUUUGAUUGCUAUGAAACAUGCUUACAUCGUAACUGAUAAAAUUGAAGGAAUUCAAAAUAUGCCAAACACCAGAGAUCAUGACUUAGCUGUUUAUUUGAGGUUGCAAGGUGACGCACUUUCUGUUGGUGGUUAUGAAUCAAACCCCAUUUUUUGGGAAAAUGUUGAUAAAAAUUUUGCAUUUGGACUCUUUGAACUGGACUAUGAUGUUUUUGGAACUCACUUGGAAAAAUCAAUGCACAGAGUCCCGGCCUUAGAGAGAACAGGCAUAAAAUCUACCGUGUGCGGACCUGAAUCAUUUACACCAGAUCAUAAACCUCUUAUGGGAGAAGAUCCUGCUGUACGAGGAUUUUAUCACGGUUGUGGAUUUAACAGCUUAGGCAUGAAUUCUGGUGGUGGGUGCGGUCGCGAAUUGGCCCGUUGGAUUGUCCAUGGAAGACCUGAACUUGAUAUGUUUAAUUAUGAUAUCAGACGUUUUACUGAAAAAUUGACUGACAAUUCCAAAUGGAUUAAAGAACGUAGUCAUGAAUCAUAUGUGAAAAACUAUUCUAUUGUCUAUCCGCAUGAUGAGCCUCUGGCAUCACGUAAUAUGAUAAAGGACGCUUUUCAUGAGGAACUUUUAAAUACUGGCUGUGUUUAUCAAGAAAAACAAGGAUUUGAGAGGCCUGGUUGGUUUUCUAGUGAUGGCCCAGCCCCGGUCCUAGAGUAUGACUACUAUGGUAGUUAUGGCAAUUCUGAACACAAAAACUAUGCAUAUAUUGAGAGGUUAAAAGAAGAUUAUACUUUUGAAUUUCCUAAGAAUCAUGGAACAAUUGGGAAGGAGUGUAUAAACUGCAGAGAAAAUGUAUCUGCUUUUAACAUGUCAUAUUUUGGAAAAUUUGUGUUGAGUGGUUCAGAUAGUCAAAAAGCUGUUGAUUGGAUUUUUUCAAAUGAUGUAAAUAAACCCCCUGGAAGCACAGUGUAUACUUGUAUGUUAAAUAAGCAUGGAAGAGUUGAAGCAGAUCUGACUGUUAGUGCUUUACCUCCCACCAAGAACACCAUGCCAGAAUUAGAAUCUAAGGGUCCCAGUUUCUAUCUUGCAGCAGGUGGUGCUGCAUCUCAACAAAAUAUUACUCACAUCCAUAAUGUUAUACAAGAUAACAAGUUUUCUGUUACCAUUGCUGAUUUAAGUGAAAAACUGGGACUUUUAAGUAUUCAGGGCCCUAAAAGUCGAGAACUUUUACAAUCUUUGACCAAUGAAGAUUUAGGUGACACUGCUUUUCCAUUCUCUACUAACAAAGUGAUAAAUCUUGCAGGUUUCCAGGUGCUAGCAAUACGCCUUUCAUUUGUAGGAGAACUAGGUUGGGAACUUCAUAUUCCUUUCAAGGAUUGUGUCCCUCUUUAUAAAAUUUUGAUGGCAAAUGGCGAAAAAUUUAGUCUGAAAAAUGCUGGCUAUCGAGCUAUUGAUUCUUUAAGUAUAGAAAAAGGCUAUAGGCACUGGCAUGGUGAUUUGCGAAUGGAUGAUACACCUUUAGAAGCUGGAUUGGGUUUUACUUGCAAAUUAAAAACCGAAACACCAUUUUUAGGCCGAUUAGCUGUAGAAAAACAGAAGAAAGAAGGACUCAAGAAAAAACUUGCUUGCUUCACGAUUGAUGACCAUGUUCCACUAUGGGGCCUAGAAGUAAUCUGGAGAGAUGAUCGUAUCGUUGGUUUUCUGCGAAGAGCCGAUUACGGCUUUGCUAUUGGCAAAAGUAUCGGCUAUGGCUAUGUCACAGAUCCUGAUGGGGGAAAUGUAACUGUACCUUACCUUAAAUCUGGCACUUACCACCUUGAAAGUAUGGGUGUAAAAUAUGCAGCUCAGUAUCACGCGAAAUCUCCAUUUGAUCCCGAUAACUUAAGGGUUAAGGGCAUUUAUUAAACUUAAUCUUCUAAGUAAUUAAUAUGGAAGGAAAAAAAAGGGGGCAAUUAUUGUGUUUGAUGAAUUUUUUAUCAUGUCUCUACACAUUUUCACUAUAGUUAUUUUUAUAAAAUUAAUUUUAAAUGAGCAAUAAAGAAUCUUAAAAUUUAGCAUCAAAGAGAUUUAGUUUUAUAGAUUCACAUCCUUGCACGUUCGUAUAUUCUGAAAUUAUUAAGCAUUUUACGGGUACGAGCAUUUUACUUUUGAACGUAUAUUUACGCGAAUGUGAGGAGAUGUGAAACGGUUUUAAAUUUCUCUCAUAAUUAUUUUCCUCUUUGUAUCAAAAUUUUAGUUUUCAAAGUUUAGCUCGGUUGUAAUUAUCAAAAUAGAUUAUGGAACUCUCAUAACUAUUUUCCUCUUUGUAUCAAAACUUACGUUUUCAAAGUUUAUCGACAUUCAAAAAUAAUAGGAAUAGGUUUUUGUCUUGUUACUUUUUAACUUCGAGUUAUAAAUAACUAUGAAGUUUUUCAUCAUUACCUGUUCAAAUCAACAAAACAAAUUUUUUUAACACCUGAAAGUUCAUGUGUAUGCACAUUCAAAUAUGAUAAAUUCCUAAAACAAAAAUUACUGUUCAUAAUAAUUAUUUUAGGAAACCAUCCUGAAGUUUUAUAAAUUUUGCUUUUUACUUUAGUUUAUUCUAAUUUAAAAAAAAAAAAAUCACUUUAUACUUCUCAGUUUGGAACUUCUACUUUAGCCUAAUGAAAAAACAACUCAACCCAUAAGUCCUGCGAGUUAUCGUUUUCUAAUGCGCGGUAAAGAUUGAAAGAACGCAAACGAGGUUUUAUACAAAACCAAAACGUUUGUUGAUUUUAUAAUGCAAUCAGUGCCAUUUGUCUUUGUUCUGUGCCAAUUAUGUUACUAUUUAAUUUUGUUGAUUGAAAUAUAGCAUUGUAUUCGAUGAUGAUACACAUAUAGCUCUAUUUUAUUUAUAAGUCCCACUACGUUUUUACCAGUUAUUUUCCAAUUUUAACUUUUUGAGAUUGU